AUGCCUACUUACGAGCUAGCCAUGAUGCUUCGGGCAAUGCCUAAAGUUGAACUUAAAAAUAGUCUUUUGAGAAUAUCAAACGCAAUUUUUGAGAGAGGUGGAAUAAUCAGAGACAUAGAAAAUCUUGGAUUUCGACCACUUCCAUACAAGACGAGUGCCCAUGGACUAGUUCACAGAGAAGCCAAUUAUUUCGUAUUUAAAAUUGACACCGCUACUACUGUUGUUUCUGAUUUAAAAGAAGAGUAUAGCCGAGAUGUGGAUGUUGUAAGACAGCGAGUAUUCAAGGUAACAGAAGAGCUAGAGCAUAAAUGUACACUAGAAGAAGAACUGUUACCACCCGCAUACCGCAAAGAAGUUCAAAAAAUGAUUGAGGUUGGAAAGACUCAAGUUAAUAGAUUUACACAUAAGUUUAGUUACAAUUCAGGAUUAGAUUAUUAUCCUUUCCAAAAGUAA